GACCCACUACGGACCCCUUUUCCCGCCUCCGAGAUAGAAUUAGAAUCUGUCUCCUAUUAGAAGAAACAGUCUCAAUUAGAAGUUUCUUAUUUGCGAUUGUGUUCACUUAACCUAAGCCAUUUUCCCUUGAUUUUUGUCGCAGUUGUAGCAUUCAUGUUAGAUUGCAUUAGACUCUCUCUGAACACUUUAAUUUUAAUUUCCCGUGAUAUCAUACAAAACUCUAUUAUGUGAAGUUUUCCUGUGAAUUUUAUCUCCUUCAUAAAUUUGCCAAAAGUGCUAAGUGAAAAUAAAGUAAAUCAUUUCGAGAUAGCUUUCAUUUUCAGAAAUAAUAAAUAAUAAAUCCACAGCUGAUUUAGCCUAAUUGCUUUAAUUCAUGGGUGUUGUGGGAUUUCAAAAUCGUUUGGAUAUUUUUUUACAGUGGCUCUAGGACAGGAUUUCUAGAGAAACAUCGUGAAAUAAAAAUAGAACCCGUUACAAAACGCCACGUUGCUCUAAAAGCUUCAUGGGUCAAGGGGAGGAACUUUAGUAAUCCCAUGCAUACGCGAGAACGUACGCUUUAUUAUUUAUGGCUUACGUGUCGAGCCGGGAGCGAAUUAUUCAUGAAUAAGGACUCUCAUUUGCGUCAUCGAGUUCCGGGGCGACCCCGAAUGCCAGCCGAGAGCCUACCGGGAGAAGACACGACGAUAAGAAGUGGUAUGUCAAGAUUCGCGAUGCGGCCCACACGCGUGCUGUCACACACGUGAAAUUGGCAUGUUGCGUUGCAUCAGCCUGGCCUCUUGGCCGUUUAGCCAAUUAGAACGCAUCGUUAUUGACUUUGCGCGCUCCAAUUGGUUCUAAUCAAAACACCGGGUGCCUCGCGUAAAACCAGCGAACCGUGUAGAUGUAAACACAGAAUAUUUUUUACCCACCUAGACGAGCAUCCCCAUUAAUUCUAAACACGGAUGUCGAGAGAGCAGGGUCAAAACAAUUUUGACGAAAAAGCAAAGCCAUGAUCGAAAAAAAGAGGAAUACAAUUGCUAACGAUGACGAUGAGGAAUACAGUUCCUCUGAUUCAAUCUGGGUGUUUGGGUACGGAUCUUUGAUCUGGAAGCCUGACUUCACGUACGAGAGAAGUGUUGUUGGCCACAUCAGAGGGUUCGAGCGCAAGUUUUGGCAAGGAAGUGUAUGGCACAGGGGAAACGAGGAAACGCCUGGAAGGGUCGUUACGCUGGAGGAGCAUUUAGAGGGUCAAGUGUGGGGCGUCGCUUAUAAAGUAUCAGGGGAGGACAUCGACACAGCCCUGGGGCGGCUGAACAAGAGAGAAAUCGCUCUUGGAGGCUAUGAGCUGCACAACCUGACAUUCUACCCCCAAGAUCAGUCCCUCGAACCCUUCAAUGCGCUGCUUUACGCCGCUACGCCAGAGAAUUCACUGUAUUUUGGCAAGGAAACACCAGAGAAGCUAGCCUUGCAGAUAGUGUCGGCUCAUGGUGUGAGCGGGCCUAACGUAGAGUACCUGUUUCGAAUAGCGGACUUCAUGCGGUCCAAAGUCCCUCAAGUCGAAGACAAACACUUGUUUGCAGUGGAUAAAAUAGCAAGACAAACACUAGGCCUAGAUGAUGUCAAAAUACAAACGUGGACUGAAAUUAUGAAGAACAACAACGCGAGUUUAAAUAGAAAGUUUGUUUUCGCGCUAUAGUAGGUUUUUGCACUUUAAUAGUGGUUUAUUGUUUGAUCUCGUUUUUGUCGAGACAGUUUGUAUAUAAAUAGUUAUGAAUAUUGUACAUAAGGACGCAGGUGUCUCCUUGAUGAGGUUUCUCCAAAUUUACACAUAAGUGUGUUUAUAAUUAUUGGUCAAUCAAUUUGUCUAUUUAAAUGAGUUAUCAGUGAUUAUUGUCUAACGAUAUGGACGCCCUACCAUUAUUAGAGUAACGAACAAUUUAUUUGAUGAAAAAUAAUAACAAGAGGCCUUGCCUAACUGCCAUGAGAACAAUAAUAGCUCAGCAUUAUCAGAAAGAUGAUCGUGUCACACAAUCAAAUGUGUCGCGCAAAUUGACAAGAAAACAAUAACACAGCAUUAUCAGGAAGAUAGUCGUGUCACGCUUGUGUCACACAAUCAGAUAUGUCACGCUAGUUGAUAAGUAUUUUUUUCAAAAUAACAUAGAGUUUUAGAUUUUUUUUAGAUAAUUUGCCUGUGUCUUUAGCGUGGCAUCAGCUCUGGUUCAUUUGUUUGGUUUAAUCAAACAAACUCAUACCAGGCUAUGAAUAAAACAGCCAGAGAAUUGUAGAAUAGCUCUCCUUGAAAAGUGCUUAUAUAACUCUAGGGCUAAUAGAAUAAACCAGUAAUUGCCGGUCGCAUUAUCACCAGCACUUGUGGCUGACAGGAGCAGAUCCAGGCUUCUAGCCGGGGCAGAACAAAACAUUUAAAAUUAUUUUCACAUGUGGUUUAUCCCAUCCAGUGUUGUUUUUCAUACUGGUCUUCCCAAUAAAAUGAAGACCUUUUAAGGUCUUAAAAUUUGCAAUAGUUAGCUAAAGUUAAAGGUGUAGGACAAUGAAUGUUAUCAAGUAUUUCCUUUCAUUGUUCAGCUGAAUAAAUUCACACACGUUUUUAAA